AAAUUUGCCAAGGGUGAGCCUGUCUUCACACUUGUCAUUCACCUACUGCCCAAUCCCAACAUUGCAUGACCUGAAGACCAUCAACCAUGUCACCUGGUCAAAAGUUAGGAAAUGUUGGGGGACAAACCCACAAAACUAUCACAACGUAACCACAAGAGGUGUGUGGUGAAGGACAAACACUAAGAUGAUUAGUGGCAUGUGGGUAAUGUACCUAUUGGGAGCAGCAGUGCGGUUAUGGCUGAUGAGCACCUCUAGUGCCGAGUACAUUGCUAAGCGUGUAGAACUCUCGACACCAUUAAACUCUUGGAAGAGGGUGCAGGAGGGAGUGUUCCUACAUUCCCAGGGUAUUCCUGUGUACAGUGGGGGUGUUUUCCAUGAAACACCAUUGUGUCUGUUCUUUGGUGGUUUCCUAGUCAGGUCAUGGCAAGCCUAUCUUUCACUAUUGUUUGUUGCAUGUGAUCUCCUUACUGCCGCUCUUUUGGCCUCCGUGGCUGCAUCAUAUAGCAAACAACUGCUUUUAAACCAGAAGAAGGAAGUUGAUAAGUACGCAUGUGAUGCAUCACCCUUGCUUGUGACGUCCUCAUCUCUCUGGUCUGGUGUAGUGUAUGUUGCAGCUGCAUAUCUCUUCUGCCCGUACACAAUAGCUUCAUGUGUUGCCCAAACUACGACUGUUUUUGCCAACCUUGUUCUUGCUGCAGCAUUUACCUCCAUGGUGAAAGGUUACCCUGCGCUGUUUGGGGGAUUGGUGGCUCUCUCUACAUAUCAGUCUUUCUACCCAAUUUGUCUGGUAGUACCAGGAAUCCUACGUUUCUCCCAAGGGAACAAUGCAACCUUCUUAGUGACGAAACUGUUGACCUCCUUCAUCGUUUCACUAGGGUUUUUGAUGAUAAUCUCUGCUGAAAUUACUGGUGGAUGGGAUUUCAUGGAAGCUACUUAUGGCUUUAUAUUGGCAGCUCCUGAUUUAACACCAAACAUUGGUCUUUUCUGGUACUUCUUCACCGAGAUGUUUGAACACUUUCGCCUCUUCUUUCUUGCAACGUUUCAAAUCAACGCUUUCGUGUAUGUGCUGCCACUUUCAAUUCGCCUACGCCAUGACCCUGUAUUGCUAGCAGCAGCCUUGUUAGCAUUUACAGCUGUAUUUAGAAGUUACCCAGCACUUGGGGACGUGGGCCUCUACAUGGCUCUACUGCCAAUGUGGAAACACUUAUAUCCAUUUAUGCGCCAAACAUUCAUCGUUGGGUGUAUGUUUGUGGCUACAUCUGUUCUGGGACCUAUUAUGUACAAUCUGUGGAUUUUCAAUGGAUCGGCUAAUGCCAAUUUUUACUUUGCCGUUACCCUUGCUUUCAACACCGCACAGAUAUUCCUUGUUACUGAUCUCCUGUUUGCACAUGUUAAGCGGGAAUACCACCUCAUCCAUGGGUCCAAGAUGGAAGUUGAUGGAGUACCUGCCAGAUUAACACUACAGUGAUAAACAAAUAAACUGAACAGAAUAUGGACUUUAGUAAUACAGUGUUGCCACGUAUGUAUGUAUAUGGAAUGGCUAAUUUAUUUUCACAUGAUUUUUAUUAUAGCAGACUAUGGUCUCUGGAAAAUAUGAACAAGUGGAAAACAUUGUAACUAGUGUAGCCAUGGAAUGCAGUGAUUUGACAAGUUAAUUGCUUUACUCUAGUUAUUAGGUAAAUAUUUAUACUUGUGAACUUUCUUGGCUAUUUACCUACCUAUGUACAGUAACAAUAUUUUGAAAACUAUACAUAUGAAACUCGGGUUACAUGCAAGAAAUAUACAUCCUAAAUUAUUUUAUAUACAUGAUGACCAAACCACAACUUGGAAGAUGGAGAAGCGGCAACGUUUCGGUCCAUCCUCGACCAUUAUCAAGUCAUGUGAUAGAAGAGAGGUGAGUAGACAGUAAGAAAGGGGGCAAAGCUUAAAUCAGAUCAUAUUUGUUAAGUAGGUUGGAGCAUUUAAGUAUAUACUGUGAAAGGGAAGAGUCGACAACAGACUUUACACUUCUUUUGUGUGCCUUAAGUCUGUCAUUUAGUGUACGGCAAGAUUUGCCUAAGUAUCGGAGAGGACAAGACGAACAGGAAAUAGAGUAGACACCAGCAGCAGUGUGAACCAGAUUUCUAUGAAGUGUUGGUUUUUUCAAAAGGCAAGCUUCACAUCAAGGGGAUGAAGGGUAUUAGUGAGAUUUUGGAGUUCAGAUAUGAAGGGAAGUCAGAGCACAGUGCUAAUUGUGUUGGAAGGAGGUUGAGAAUGAAAAAUUUCGUUUAGCUUGAGAAUAGGCACAGUUGAUAAAAUGUAAGGGGUAUCCAAGGUGAGAGAUAUAAAGGAAAUUUCAGAUUCGAGAAACUGAGUGUCACUGAUGCAUAGAAUGCAGAGUAAGAGAGAGAGAUGAGAACAUUUUUUUUAACAGGAUCAGGAUGGUAGGAAGAGAGGUGAAUGUACUGCAUGAGUUUGUGGUAGACAGAAAGAGAACCCAGACACACAGCUGUUAACGUGAACAUCAAGAAAAGUAAGGAGGGAAUUGGAUCCCAUUCAACUUUGAAAUUGAUAGGAGCCACAUUAUUAAGAGAGACAGGAAAGGCUGGAAAAGACUAUGGUCAUGGCACCAGAGAGCAAACGUGAUCUAUGACCCUAGUCUUUUCAAGCCAUUCCUCUCUUAAUAAUCUGGCUCAUAAAUUUCAAACUUGAAUGGGAUCCAAUUCCCUCCUUACUUUUCUUGAUGUUCACGUUAACAGCUCUGUGUCUGGGUUCUCUUUCUGUCAACCACAAACUCGUGCAGUGCUAUGUACAUUCACCUCUCUUCCUACCAUCCUGAUCCUGUUAAAAACAACUGUUCUCGUCUCUCUCUUACUCCGCGUUCCAUGCAUCAGUGACCCUCAGUUUCUCGAUUCUGAAAUUCCCUUUAUUUACGAAUCUCUCUCACCUUGGAUACCCCUUACAUUUUAUCAACUGUGCCUAUUCUCAAGCUAAACAUUUCUUUCAUCCUCAACCUCCUUCCAACACAAUUAGCACUGUGCUCUGACUUCCCUUUAUAUCUGAACUCCAAAAUCUCACUAAUAUCCUUCAUCCUCUUGAUGUGAAGCUUGCCUUUUGAAAAACUAACUCUCUUCGUAGAAAUCUGGUUCACACUGCUGCUGGUGUCUACUCUAUUUCCUGUUCGUCUUGUCCUCUCCGAUACUUUGGCAAAUGUUGCCGUACACUAAAUGACAGACUUAAGGCACACAAAACAAGUGUCAAGUCUACAGACACAAACAAUGCUCUCUUCUAUCAUGUUAGGGAUUCUAAUCAUCCUAUUCAUUAGGUUCAAAAUUUUCUAAAAUCAUCUUUCCUUCCUCUGAAGAGCAGAUGCCAUCGUGCCAAUUCAGCUCUGAUAAACAACCUAACAACAAAGUCUGGACUAAGGUUAAUGUUGGGUGACUUCCCUUUCUCGGUAUGUACUUAAAUACUACAACCUAUUUAACAUAUAUGAUCUGAUGUCAAGAAUAAGCAACAGGGGCAAAGCUUAACCCACUUUCUUCUCAUCUUACUCUCUUACCUUAUAUAUUUGCCUAUACCUUCCUCUCUUGUAUCACAUGACUUGAUAAUGGUCUAGGAGGGACUGAAAUCUCACUGCUUCUCCAUCUUCCAAGUUGUGCUUGGGUCAUCCUUUUUUCAGCCACGUUAUUGUAACUCUUCGGCUGCAUUUUAUAUACAUUCUUUUGUUAAAUAUAGGACAGUAAAUGACAACUUUUUAAAAUAAAUUUAAGACUUUUGUAAACAUAAUUAGUUUAAAUUAUCAAAAUAACUUUUAAGUUCGAUCUGCACAUAAAGAAUGUGCAGUAUAUAGUACUGUACUUCACAAACGUAUAGACCUCCGUGCUCAAAGGGGUGCACAUUUAUGGCAUAAAAAGAUAGAUAGUUGUGUGGACGAAAUAAGUGAGACAGAAGAUAAUGUCAGGGUGUUUCCUGGCUUCCCAGAGGCACAUACCUGGUACGCUCAUUUGGCCCUGGCCGUUCAUAGCGAGUGGUUAUGGUGCGCGUCCCACUUUUGACACCUCGCAGUUAAGUGGUAUUGGUGUAUUACAUUGUUAUGGCACACACCAAAGUACUAACAAGCCACCACUGUCAACUGCAACAACAGACAAGGUGCCAGAGUGGGAUGUGCAACAUAACUAACCACUCACUAUGAAUGCCCAAGGCAAAAUGAGCCUACUAGCUCUGUGCCGCUGGGGAGCCCCCUAAUGUCACAUAUCUGGCGCUAACUUCUGUCUCGCAUAUUUCACCCACACAACUAUUAUACUUUUUGUCAUAAGUAUGCACCCCCUUCGAGCACCACGGCUCCUACUUUUGUCGAAUAAUGUACUGUACAUUCGGCUUAAUUUUUUUGUUAAUUUGGGUACAAAUGUCUAAAGUCCAUACAUACUGUAUCAUAGGCAGAUAUAAGGAUUACAGUUUGAGUACUAACCUGCUUUAAGGUUGUGAUUUUUGUUAACUGUAAAAACAACUAAUUGAAACACUAAAAGGUAAAUUCCAUUCUGGAAAUGCUUAAAAUUUCUGUUAUUGUAAUGUAAUGGUCAGCCAAGACAUGUAGGUCUGUUUUCCUUCCUCGGGACUGUCUAGGGUGUAGGUUUCACUGCCAUUUCAAUUUAAUUUCUUGUGUGUCUCCCCUCCUUGGUAGUACCCAGUUGCCUGGGAAGACCAUGCCUUUGGAUUAUAACACUUCCUCAUUGGCUGAGUGCCAGGAUCUAUGCCUAGUUCAAAUUGAUCAAGAGGAGGCAGAGUUUUUCUAGAGCGGGGAAGCCCGAGAGGAGGAGCCUUUAAUUCCUUUAAGAAGGCAGACAACACUUUUCAGUGUGAACUGGGUUGUUAUACGGGGUGGGUUAUCAACCAGGAAAACCACGAACACCAGCUUACAAGCAGUAUAAAAGGUUUUUGUCUAUUUUGAGUUCUCUGUACAGUUUGUAUUCCAUUAUCUAUGCCUCUUAAAGGGUCCAUCUAUCCUUUAGAGGCAUGGAUAAUGGAUUACAAACUGUACAGAGAACUCAUAACAGACAAAUAACUUUUAUACUGCUUCUAAGCUGGUGUUCGUGGCUUUCCUGGUUGAUAACCCACCCCGUAUAACAACCCAGUUCCCACUGAAAAUUGUUGUCUGCCGUCUUGAAGGAGGUAAAGGCUUCACCUCUCGGGCUCCCCCGCUCUAGAAAAACUCCGCCACCUCUCGAUCAAUUUGAACUAGGCAUAGGCCCUGGCACUCAGCCAAUGAGGAACUUUUAAAAUCAAAAGGUAUGUUCUACUAACACCUAUGGAGGGGAGACGCACAGGAAACUAAUUUGGAAUGGCAGUAAAACCUACACCCUAGAGUCCCGAGGAAGGAAAAGAGAGGCAUGUAUGUCUUGGCUGACUGUUACAGUAAUCGUCUUGAAUUACCUUGUAGACUGCAAUAGAGUUUUUGAAUGUGGAAUAUCUCUAGGUCUUCUUGUAUGAAUAAUGUCAUCUUGUUGUACCACUUGUCAUAACAUUAUUGUAAAUAAAAAUAACUUUCAACCACCA